GGACAGGACCCUCUGGCACCUGUGCGGGCCGGGUUCUGCAUGCCCGCGGCGGGGUCCUGUCAGCUCCGCUCAGGGAAGCCCCGCAAGAAGCGCUGUGGGGCCGGGCCGGGCGGGAAACUGUCCAGGCAGAAGUUUGCCCGUUCCUCCGCUGCGGGGUCGCUCACCAGAGAGUACCCAGAGGCGAGGCCCGGCUGCCCUCCCUCCGCGUGGCCGUGGGGCAGGACACGGCCUAGCGCCCGCCGGCGGGACGAGGCUGAGGGGAGGCGGCGGCCGUUAAACCUGGGCGUCAGGUUCAUUGCUAAACCAUGUGCCUUAGGCCUUAAAGUCCAAGCCAACGGACCACAGAAAGCUCAACCUAAUGCUAUUCUGGAAAAAGUUUUCACAGCUAUUACAAAGCAUCCAGAUGAGAAGAGGCUGGAGGGCCUCUCCAAGCAGCUGGACUGGGAUGUACGCAGCAUUCAACGUUGGUUUCGACAAAGACGCAACCAGGAAAAGCCCAGCACUCUUACGAAGUUCUGUGACAGCAUGUGGAGAUUUACAUUUUACCUCUAUAUAUUUACUUAUGGAGUACGGUUCCUGAAAAAGACACCCUGGCUCUGGAAUACCAGACAGUGCUGGAACGGGUACCCAUAUCAGCCACUGAUGCCUGACCUUCAUUAUUACUACAUAGUUGAAUUGUCAUUUUACUGGUCCUUAAUGUUUUCUCAAUUCAUUGACAUCAAAAGAAAGGACUUUGGCAUCAUGUUUACACAUCACAUUGUAACAGUCACCCUGAUAACCUUCUCAUACGUAACCAAUUUGACACGAGUGGGAACUUUGACCUUAUGUCUCCACGAUGCAGCUGAUGUUGUCCUAGAGGCUGCCAAAAUGGCAAACUAUUGCAAGUGUCAAAAACUGAGUGACCUUCUGUUCCUUACAUUUGCCAUUGUCUUCAUUGUCAGUAGGCUUGGUAUAUAUCCCUUAUGGAUAUUAAACACAACGUUGUUUGAACUGUUUGAAGCUCUGGGCAAUUUUCCUGCCUUGUGGGUCUUCAACGUGCUGCUUGUGAUUCUUCAAAUUCUGCACUGUUUUUGGUCUUACCUAAUCAUAAAGGCGGCCUACAAAGCUAUAUCAAAGGGCAAGGCUGGCAAGUGGAACCCCUUGCAUGUAGCAAAGGAUGACCGAAGUGACAUUGAGUCAAGCUCAGAUGAGGAAGAAACAGUACCUCGUUCAAAGACCCCACACAGCGCUAUCUCCACUAAUGGGACCAGCGGUGCCAAUGGGACAAACGGGUAUCUCACUGGUGGCACUUGCUCAGAGGAGCAUUAAUCCUUGAGUUCAAUCAUGAGACACGAACAGAAAGAACUGUUUGCUACUGGAAGUAAAUUAUAAGUUGUGAAUGCGGUUUCUUCAUAUAUCUCAGCGUCAGAAAAAAUUAGGAGUAUCAAAGCAUUCUGGUAGCGCACUGCCAUAUUUCCUGUUUGUGAAUGAAGACAACACGCCAUUCUGUAUACGUAGGCAUGCUGUAUGUGUAUGUAACUGACACAAUGGGAGCAGUAUUUUCACUUGUACUGUCUUUGAAAUAUUAUUUAUUUUGUAUUCUUUUGGGAACUUCUGGACAAAAGGGACUAUCCAUUCUCAAACUUUAUCUCUUGGGAUUCUCAGUAGUGAAGAGCAUUACGCUCAGAUCUCUUCUGUCCAUUCCUGUUGCUUUUGCCAAGUCUGCUAUAAGUAAUAGUUGCUUGAUUUGUUACUUACAGUAAGAUAGAAGAUAGCUUUAUAUAUUCUAGAUCUGCUUCAGAUAUUUUUGCUAUAUUUGUGUUUAAAAGUGCUGGUAUUGAAAUUGCCUAUCAAAUCACAGUGGCCAUUCCUCCAACAUAAAGUUUUUGAACACUGGAUUGAUAUAUUAAAUAGUAGGUAAUGUGGUCAAUUAGCAAUUUGGGGAAAAAAAACUGUGGUAAUUGUAGGAUAUUAUUUUAGCAUAAUUUAAAAUUCAGUUUGGUGGUUAAUUGCAUUAGAAGUAGACUUGAUUUGUCGUGCAAAUGCCCAAAAGCAUUGAUGUCAACAGUUAGGAUAAACUCAUUCUCACUUUCUUCUUUUUUUCUUUUUUUUUUUUCCCCUUACAUUUUUUGACCUCUGCAGAUAUUAGUGUCUUUUUGCAGAGAUUCCAUGUUGAAAGUUGUUUGUUCAAGUGCACCAUUGUGAAUCCAGACCUCACUCCUAUAACUGUUCUUGCAUGUUCAGAUGGAUGAGAGCAGGGGUAUAAUGGAAAAAACAGCAGAUGACAGGUUCAUUGCUUCCUUGGACACAGUACGGUCUAGGUAUUGUUCUUAUAAUUACAUCACUUUCUUGGUAGGGUAACGAGAGAGAAGGCAGAAUGUCAUACAUUACUAGAAGUAGUGUAUUCUAAAUUUAUGGAAAUUUGAGCAAAAUUCACUUAACGUAAAUCACAGCAAACUUUGAACACUCAGCAGAAUUUCAUCACGUCUACAAAUAAAAUAAGGGUGUCUGUAAAAUAAUUUUGCACUCCUUUUUCAUCCAAGAUCUAAAAACUGUGUCCCAAAGAAGACAAACUAGGACCCAAAAUAAACAUCUUUUUAAACAUUAUGUACACACUUCUUCCAGUCUCUAGAUCAAAGUUUGAUGUAGGAUGCUAAUCUUGCCAGGACACUUUUCUGGGAUUUGUGACAGCAGUGCCAAAAGUAGGUGAGGUUCUUGGGUAACAGACUCUAUGCAACCUACUGUUCAACAGUAUUGUGUAUGUGCACACAGAACCAAUGUGCUUACAGACCAAAGACUGUAUAUAUAUAUAUAAAAAAAAAAAAAAUUAAAAAAAAAGGAGGAAAUAAAUGUAACAUUAAUGUGUAAUAAUGUGUCUUCUAUAUACAAAGGGAUUGGAGUGCUGUGUUCAGCUGGAAAUCUGACAGGAUAUCUUUCUGAUUCCUUCCACCUAUGCAAAUAGCAAAAUGCAGAUGGUUUCUGAUGCCAUAAAACACGUUUGAAGGCUCUAUUUUAUACAACUCCAUUGAAGAAAGUUGUGUUGCCACUUCUUGCUUUUGAAAAACUGAGAUUUGUCACUCUUGAAAAUUACUGAAACCUCUAUUAUCCAUAGGGACCUUGUGUGUUACCAAAAAAUGUGCUAAAAGUAAGGGCAGAAUGGCAUGAAUGAAAAAUGUACCUCCACUUAGGUGGAGAUAAAGAUAAAAAACCUGAGAAAUUGUAAACCAUGGAAGAAGAGCUGUCCAGAUUUACUUCCUACAGAGCAUCUUUUGAAAAAGCCAGGUAAACUUGAAAUUCAGCAAUUGCAUAGUUUAUAGGAGUAUAUCUGAUUGAGCAAGGGAGUCUUACUCAAAUCUUCUCCCCCAAAAGUUUCUCUGCCUCUGUUUUUUUCUCAUCUAUCUCCUGGGCCUCUGAUUUCUUACAGUUAUCUGCAGGGCAGGUUAUACAUGUGAAAAUACACUGAUUGUCAUGGAAAGUAUUUGAAAUGGCAGUUGUUUAGUAAUUGUCAAGAUGAUACCAAGAUUUUAAACCAAAACCAUCCUGGGAUAUUAGUGAAUGAACAUAAUUUCUGAAAUAUGACCUGCUAAGAGGGUAAUUGAGAAUAGCAGUUUAAACACACCUCUUUCAUGGUGUUGAUUGCUACUUCCACUGGACCAUUUCCCUUCUUCAAAGCUGGUUACAAAAAUGGCAUUCUGGCAAAAUAUUUUGUCUUACAUGGGGAUAGAAUAUUGUUCUGAAGUAUCAACUUAGACAACAUACAAUACAUAGUACUACCAUGUUGUUUAUACGAGGGUAGAGAGCAGUUCCCAAUUACAGUCUGUGUGCAAGAGGCAGGAGACCUUUGGUCCUUCUUGGUCCUCCCCAGCUGUGCUCUAUAGUGUUGAUUCAGAUGUGCAGUCAAAGCUACAACCCUUGAGAUGAUUUACCGUUGCUGGCUACAUAUGCUGUUAGUGUGUCCUCGCUGUUACAUAGUGCAACUUGAACUGAAACUCUUUACUUGAGGUUUAAAUUCAGUUGCAUUUAUGAUGCGCUAAAGGAUGUAUACAGUUGCCACGGUUCAGCUGAAUCCCAGUGACUUAUCUCCUAUAAACCUGGCUUUUCGGAGUCCAUUCUUAGCAGCCUAGAAUAAACUUAAUUACAGGUAUGUCUGGAAAAUAGGUGAGAUGGGAGAUUCAAACACAUUUGGGGAAAUGGGAUGAGAGUGAGGAAGCACUGAGAGCUUCACUAAACUUUCAAGCUGCAGGGGUUUUUAUGAAUAUUAAAAAUCACACCUUUUUUUUUUUUUUCCCAGUGGGAAGGACCAAGUGUUUUAGUGAUCGUAAGUGGCAGUGUGUUUCAAGUAAUUGUUUUAACCAAUAGAUGUCAAAACUUCGGUAUCAUCUUCCAAUCUGCAGAGAGAAUGUCAUGCAACUGUUUCCUUUUUCAGUUGAAUUUGCUUCUUUGCAAGGUGCUUUUGAGGGCCAUCAAGUAUUUAGAGGAUAAUUACAUAUAUUCCAGGCAAUUGAUUGAAAUUACUGUGAUGGUUCAUGUUAAGUGCAAGAUCUUAAAAGGUUCUGUGUAUUUGUACCUUUUGUAGAAUUGUCAUUUUAGUCAGUUUAGAAAUGAGGGGGUUUAUUCUGUAACCUAUUUGUCUUCAACUUCUAUGCUCCCUUUUUAUAGUCCAGUACAUGACACAGUGGUUGAGAUGUUGAAGUAGAAAAAGUAAGACAUGAUAUGUAAAGUUUAUUAGUAAAUAGUAAGAAUUUGUCAAUUCUCCCUAACCAGCCCAGAAUAAAGUAAGAUUCAAGUCUCCCUUUGUUUAGCAUUUCCCAUAUUGGAAUAUUUUGUAUCUCCCCCCCAAAAAAAAAGGAAAGUGAUGUUUUGGUGGUUUGGGGUUUGUUAUGGAUUUUGUUGUUGUUGUUGUUUUGGUUUUCAGAAAAAGCUAAAAACAAACAUUGCAGAAAAUGGUAGGAAUAUGUGAUCAAACAACAAGGGUGGACAUUGGAGUCUUUUGGAUCUUGAUCAAUGUUAAAUAGUGCUAGUUCUAAAAUACCAAAGUGUCCUGUGCUCUUUCCUUGUUGCUGUUUUGUAGUUUUUUCUGUGUGUUAUUUAAUUAUUCCGCCAGAAUUGGAACAGGUGUAACAGCUUCACAUGCUUCUGUCUCAGCCUGUGACCAAUCUGUGCAACCAUCAAUGCCAAAUCCUUUCUCUGAGGUGCAAGUAGGUGCACUAAAGCUUUGCUUACUGUGAAGUGAUUCUUGUCUUAAAUCAGUUUCAGGUGAAAAUCAUUUUCUGGUUCUGAACAGGACACAAGGGCGAAAGCUGUUACCCUGCAGUAAAUGUCAGUGAUGAUCAUCACUGGUAGAUUUAGACACCGUGUGUGUUUUAUACAGGGUAUUCUAGUAGGAAGCCUAAUGCCUGUUUCAUUCAUCUUCUCAUUACUGCAGCCUUCUGUAUUCUCAGAGAAAUGCGGGCUGCCACUAUUUUCUAUAGUUGAUGCUUUGUUAUUUUUUAAUCUCUUUGCUACAGUUCUUUUUUGUAUGUCUCUUGUUGUCUACUUGUUGUGACAUUUGUGCGAGAGGAGCUAUCAAAUACUUUUUACCCUUCCUGUAAUGCAGACCCUGUUAGGCCUAAGUGCACUGUUUUGCAAACUACAGUUGCCUUUAAACCAUAGAUCAAAACCAGUUUGUAUUACUUGUUUUGACUGGUUUUGUUUUGGAACAGGGACCUAAUGUGAACUUCAGUAAGACAACCUUAUUAAUUUUUUUCUUUUCUUUUAAAAAAGCACUUACAGAGGUUUGGAAAAGAGGUGUAGGUGUAUGACCUCCAAAUUGUAAAGAUUUCUGAUUGUAGUUGCAAUGAAAACACAGAGUUUGUGUCUGUAAAGAACUCUCAGUCUUUGAAAUUGCUUUUAAAAAAAAACAAAACUGGAGGAAAAACUAUGAUAUUAUAUUUUGGAGCUGUGUCAAUGACUACACAUGUCAGGCAAAAGAUAAAAAUUAUUGUCUUACAUGACCUAAAAUGAUCUGUGAAAUGAAACACAUUUUCUGGCUUCUGUUGAGCUUCAGCUUCUUGCAGUCCUGGGGUUUAACUUUUAUACAUGAGCUCUCAUACCAUACUGUGCAUGUUGACUGCCUGUUGCAAGUCAGGGUGAGGCAGAUGACACUAUUUCACCUGUGUUUUCAUGACAAUCCUGUGCUUGAGCAACUCUUUCAGAAAUGCAGUGAAUAGGAAUUCAACUGUCCCAGACACAGUGAUGUGCUAACUAGAAGUCCUUUCAUGUAUAGCUGUUGUGUAGAACUUUGGGAGUUAUUUUGUGUUUAACUCGGUUUGGUUUUUUUAAAUAUGGAAAAUAAUGAUUCCUCAUGAAAUCUCUGGAACCAAUCAGUAUUGUGGGCUAUUUUUAUUUGGAGACACUUUCAUAAUAAACAUAAGUAUUAGGAA